AUGGUCGCGAGCGCCUCAAUGAGCUGUUUCUGCAGCGUCUCGGGCAUGCGGCACAUGAUUCUGCUUGAUAAAGUUCUUGAGCACGAGCGCCGCCGCGAGGCGCACGUCGUGCGGCUCCUGCGCGCUCUCGAGCACCUGAAGCAGCCACAGCACGUAGUCGGGACGCGCGGACAGCGUCGCCAAGUACGUUUCCGCGCCCUGCCGCGUCUCGGCAAAGGGCGACAGCGUCGCCGCGAGCGACUGGCGCAGCAGGUGGAGGGCGGGAUCCGCCGCCAUGGAGUGCGUGCAAACGGCUUUUUUUCUAUUGCGUGGCGACCAGCAGAUGCGCGCGAUAGAAACGUGGCCUAA